UCCCCGUGUGUUUCAGAGCAACCCAAUUCGCAUGUGCGCUGUCGACACAUGUGCUCAAGAGCAACCCAGACAGAAGGGACCUCGUGGCGAAACUUCAAGAUGUGGAAGCCAACAUGAAUGCUGGUCGAAAAUAGCGUAGGUGGCAGAUAUUGGUUGACGACCGUACCACCGACUUACACCUAAGUGGAAGAUUGGCUCGACACGGAGGACCAUCUCUUUUGGAGACUAAUACAGAUGGUGUCCAUCGCUAUCUGUAGUGACAUGGAGACCGAGCCAUGUUGUGAGGAGCGUAAAGAACCCGCAGUGGAUCCCAUAGAGCUUGAGGUGAGAGAGGCCACUCCUGACAAGGAGAGUCGCACCGAUCUGCCCAGUGGGUCGGCAGAGGAAGGAGAGGAGCUGCAAAGAAACGAGAAGGCGGAUACUGAGGUCUGUGCCGGACCGAGUGAAAGCCCGGAGGUAAAAAGCCUUCCUGACGGCAGAGAGACUGAAUGCAAAGAACGGAGGAAACUGAAAAAAACAAACAGCUGGAAAAUGGUACGAUUUCAAGACCCAUCAGAAGACGACGAUGUGUUGGAGAGGGACAGCUCAGGGGAGAGUCUCUUUCCAGAGUAUGCGAUGAACGAGUUGACGUCCUCGACCUUUGAGGAGCUGUUCAUGGCAGAAGGCUGGCAGGAUGUCACAGAGGACCGGCUGUUGAGGAAGAAGGUGCUGGAGCCUGUGGCCCCGCACGCCCUGAGCCCCAUCUGGGGCCAGGAGGUCACCAUGAAGAUGCAGUGUGUCCUGGAGGACCGCACUGUGGUGGAGAAGGACCGCAAGCUUGUCUUUGUUAUCGGCGAGGGAGAUGUAAACCAGGCCCUGGAGGAGUGUGUCAUGUCCAUGCAGAAGGGUGAGAUCACAUUGCUGCUGGCAGAUUCACGGUAUGCUUAUGGACUUUUGGGAAGAGAGCCUGAUAUUCCAGCUUGGGCUCCUUUACUCUACCAACUGCAGCUGCUGGGCAUUAGAGAGAAACCAGACCCAUUAACUAUGCCCAUCGCGGACCGCAUCCGCAUCGGCAACCAAAAGCGAGAGCGAGGAAAUUUUCAUUUCCAGAGAGAGGAAUACUGCAUGGCUGCCAGGGCCUAUUGUAUGGCUCUGGAUGUGCUCACCACAUGCAGCCGAGAUGGUAACGGCAGCGGCGUGGGGGCAGAGGAGGAGGAAGUACGGGACUACCGGGUGAAGUGUUUGAACAACCUGGCCACCGCUCAGCUCAAGCUGGAGCAGUACAACGAGGCGCUGCACACCAGCCGGGAUGUCCUGACCCUCGAGCCAAACAACGUCAAGGCCCUUUUCAGGACGGGAAAGCUCCUGUCAGACAGGAGUGAAUACAAAGAGGCGAUGGGGUUGCUAAAAAAGGCCUUGAAACUGGAGCCGGCCACCAAGGCGAUCCACUUGGAGUUAUCUAAACUUGUCAAAAGGCAAUCGGGAGGCAAAGAUACCCCGGAAUGGAAAUCCAAACCCGCGGAGAUGCUUGGGGAGAAUAUCUCACCUUUUCUGAUUCCUUCUAAGAAGAAACCAUCCGGAAUUUCCUGGAAGUUUAUCCUCGGCGCUCUGGUGGUGGCCUUGGGAAGCUUUGUGACGUCAGUGAUUCUUACCGCAAGACACUGAAAUCUUCUGCUGGGAGCACUUUGUAAAAUCUUAAAUCGCCACCAUCAUCAGCAUCUUUUGUCAUUGUCGCCACAAGGAGUAGAGUUCGGUCAGUUUUCUACGCAGAGGACAUGAGAAAGUUCAGCAGCACCACAAUCUGAACUUGUAUUUAAGAAUGUAUCUUUGUCUGUUUCUUUGUCUAUUUAUGAAAAUGAGAAUAGUAGGGCACUGGCUGAAUUCUCGAUAGCAGCAGAGAUUUUCAUGUUUCCACUAAAAUCUUUUAUUUGGACUAACAUUAAAGCAUACAUUCUAAAAA